UUAUUCCAAACGCACCCGGCCGGUGCGAGCAAAAGAGGGAGACUUGCAGCCCUGUGCGAGAAGAGAGAGAGAAAAGGGCAAAGAAAAAAAGAGGAGGGAAGAUGGCAUCGGCACUGACGAGGGCGAAGCGGCCGGCGGCUGCGGCGGCGCUGGCGGCGAUGGCUGUCAGGCGGGCCUUCGCGUCGGUGGCCGUCGGCUCCGACAUCGUGUCGGCGGCCCCGGGCGUGUCGCUCCAGAAAGCCCGGUCGUGGGACGAGGGCGUCUCCUCCAAAUUCUCCACCACCCCUCUCACGGAGAUCUUCCAGGGAAAGAAGGUGGUCAUCUUUGGUUUGCCGGGUGCGUAUACUGGCGUUUGUUCGCUACAACAUGUGCCUAGCUACAAGAACAAUAUUGAAAAGUUCAAAGCGAAAGGGGUCGAUUCCGUUAUCUGUGUCGCCGUAAAUGAUCCGUAUGUUUUGAAUGGAUGGGCAGAGAAACUACAGGCUAAGGAAGCGAUUGAAUUUUAUGGUGACUUUGAUGGGAGCUUUCACAAGAGCUUGGAGUUGGACUUGGACCUCUCUGCUGCUCUUCUUGGGCGUCGUUCUCAUAGGUGGUCUGCGUAUGUGGUCGAUGGUGAAGUGAAAGUUUUUAAUAUCGAGAAAGUGCCGUCUGAGUUCAAAGUUUCUGGCGCCGAGGUGAUAUUGGGCCAAAUCUGAACCGAUCAAUGAGUGCAUCUUUCGCGCUUGCGUAUUCUACCAGGGUGCUAAUAUAUCUGUAAUAAUCUAUGCAAUAACUAAAGCUUGUUAAUGGCAUUUUGUUACUGGGUCGCAUGUUA